CCAAAGAAGAUUGAGUUGAUUGGAACGGAUGGAAAGCGCUAUUGUUUCCUCUGUAAAACAAGUGAUGAUCUCAGAAAAGAUGCCAGAGUAAUGGAAUUUUGCUAUAUGAUUAACAAUUUUCUAAGAAAGGAUCCAGAAGCAAGAGAUAGAUCGCUAUACAUUCGAACAUACGCAGUUAUCCCAUUGGGUCACGAAUGGGGACUUUUGCAGUGGAUUGACAAUCUAGAAACGCUUAAACUAAUAACUGCGCGAGAAUACGAAAAACAUGGGAUAGAUUAUCAAAAAAUAAAUAGAUUCAUCAAGGAAAUACUCCCAAGGCAAGAAUACAAAGAUAUUUUUAUUAGCAAAAGCAAUUUAUUUUGUUUAACCUUCUUCUUAUGUUACAGUUUUCCUUGCCACCUCAAUAACUGGUUUUUAGAUUGCUUUCCUGAACCUUCUCUUUGGCUAGCAGCAAGAACACGAUAUACAAAUACUCUAGCCGUGAUGUCAAUUGUUGGAUAUGUUCUUGGUCUAGGAGACCGACAUGCCGAGAAUAUAUUAUUCGAUAGGUUAUCUGGAGAUUGCAUUCAUGUAGACCUUAAUAUGUUAUUUGACAAAGGUUCGGAUCUUCCUGUUCCUGAAGUUGUGCCAUUCAGACUCACGCAGAGUCUUGUCGAUGCGUUGGGUGUUUUGGGGUACAAAGGAAAAUUUGAAAAGUCCUGCAGGGUGACUCUGCGAGUACUGCAAGAAAACAAAGAAUCGUUACUGAGUGUUUUUGAGACUUUUGUACAUGACCCAGUG